AGGGGCUUCCAGCUCUGCCACGGGCUAGUGACUGACCGAAAGCGCCCUCCUUCACCUUGUUGCAUUCAGGCAAUUUCGCUUCAUGCGAGCCCUCGCUUUGUUCAGCAUUUUUCCUUUGGUCAACGCCGAAACUUGCCUGACUUGGCGCCCUUCAUUCGUGGCAUUUCAUUUUUGGUGCCCAAUUUCUCGCUUUCGUCUCAUUAUAUCGCCUUUGGCCAUGUCAGCCGCUGCUCCCUCGCGCACUUCUUCCACCCUCCUCCCCUACUUGUCCAUUUUCAAGACCAAGGUCAACUUGAUUCUCGCUUCGAAGAGCCCUCGCAGGCAGGAGAUUUUGCAGCUCAUGGGCUUUGACUCGAAAGAUUUUGUAGUCUUGCCGAGUGAUUUUCCGGAGGACCUGGAUAAGAGAAACUUUAUCAACCCGGCAGACUACGCGCAGAAGAACGCUGAAUGCAAGGCGCAAGAAGUAGCUACCAAACUGUUCGGAGGCUCGAGUUCUGGGGAUGUAGGGAAGGUGGGGGGACAGAGGGACGCGGGAAAAAAGACCACAAUAGUCAUCGGCUCCGAUACAAUCGUGGACCGCGAUGGAAUAAUACUUGAAAAACCUGAGGACGCACAGCACGCUUAUGCCAUGCUGUCGUCGUUAUCUGGAAGAACGCAUCUCGUACAUUCUGGUGUGGCAAUAUAUAGCUCUAAGGGCCCCAAAAGUGGAGAUGGCAUUCCCUUGCCUGUUGUAUCCUUUUGUGAGACUGCCCGCGUGGACUUUGCUCCGUUGAGUGAAGAAGAGAUCUGGAAUUAUAUUCGCUCUGGGGAGCCGAUGGACAAAGCAGGAGGCUACGGAAUUCAGGGCCUCGGGGGUCAAGUGGUUCGAGGCAUUGAAGGCUGCUACUUCACUGUAAUGGGCAUGCCUAUGCACAAGUUAAGCGUAGCACUAGCUCAGUUCGCCGAGGAUGAUCAAAUAUGAUAACCGUUUAAGAAAAAUAUGAGAGGAAAACCACACGCACAGAAAUUUCUGAUUUCUAAUACAGGUGCCUAUCGAAUUGGCUGACCUAUAAUUUAC